AUGACUAUGAUUGAGAAUGACAGAAAUGAGCUCAGUCCAAUGAGAACAGUGACCGGAUGGAGAGUUUGCAUGGACUACCGGAAGCUAAAUAGUGCGACGUGCAAGGACCAUUUCCCUAUGCCUUUUAUCGAUCAAAUUCUUGAUCGGCUAGUAGGAAGGUCAUUCUAUUGCUUCUUGGAUGGAUAUUUCGGCUAUAACCGAAUCAAUAUUGCCUUGGAAGAUCAAGAGAAGACGACAUUUACAUGCCCAUAUGGGACUUUUUCCUUUAGCCGUAUGCCUUUUGGGAUAUGCAACACUCCGGCUACUUUUCACGGUGCAUGA